AUGUCAUCGUCGAACGCAUUCGUCACAUUAGCCACAAAUGAUUCUUAUGCUCUUGGAGCACUUGUACUUGCUGAAUCUAUUCGAAAAGUUGGAACAAGUGCAAAACUAGUUGUACUGAUAUCAAAUCAUUUAUCUGAUUUAAUCAAACAAACAUUAGAAACAAGUUUCGAUGAAUUAGUAAUUGUUGAAGAAUUAAAUUCGAAUGAUGUGGAACAUUUAACUUUAUUAUCUCGACCAGAACUUGGNCCUAAAUUUGACCAAGCUGUCCAUUUUGCACGACCAACAAAAUCGGUUAAACCGGGUUUUCCUGUUUUACAAACACCAAUUGUUGAUUGUUUAUAUAAAGAAUAG